CAGUAUGCCUACGUGCGAUACUCUCUCUCUAGUAGCUCUAUCGUAAACUCUUGCUUAUAGCAAGAGUUCAUUAUAGGAUGAAUAAUGAACUCUUGGCUACAAGAAUAAUGAGAAUGUUCCCCUCAAGGUUAUUUCUCUGCUGUCUGCUGGGAAGUGCUUCUCUUGUGUAUGGACAGCAGCCUCUGAUUCGACUGGCAGCAUCCAAUGAGCCUGUUAGCACUGACCACACUGGAGAGAUCAUCUCAUUCUCUGCUGUUGGAUCAGGAGCUGAUGGUCUACCACGCCCCUGGGUUUGCUACACCGAAGACACUGGUAGUGUAGUGUGGCAGGGUCCUGGUGGGAGUGCAUUGCAACUUGAAACUAGAUCGUUGGCAGCUACGGACGAAGUGUUCUUCAGAGAUGCUCCUAAUUUUGGCGUUAUUCUGUAUCGUGGUCCCACACACUUCAGUCCUGAUGGAGAACACUGCUGUGUGAGGACUAACACAGCACAGAGUAAAUGUGUCACCUUCACUCCCUGCCCCACACUGAGUCCCCUGUCUAAUGGAAUGCCAAUUUCAUAUAACCGAGAUACCAGCAAUCGUUACGUGGCCACCUACACCUGUGUCACUGGGUACUUCAUCAGUGGAACCAGAAGAGUAACUACUGCAAUAACUUGUAUGAGUACUAGUACUACUACUCCUGGUGCCUGGUCUCCACCACCUCCCACUUGUACAAUCGUCACCUGCCCUGUCCUAACCUCCCCUACCAAUGGAGGUGUGUCCACCACCCCUAGUCGGGACUACCUCACCAUUGCUGCAUACAGCUGUGACCCUGGCUACUUCCUCACUAGUAGUGCUACUAGACAAUGUGAAGCUACUGGUCAGUGGUCAUUAGUAGCACCAACUUGUCCACCUGUUGACUGUAUAGCACUGAUGGCCCCCUCCAAUGGAGCAGUGGACACAACUUCUGGAACCACCUUCAUGAUGAAUGCUACCUACACCUGUAACACUGGAUACAACAUUGUUGGUAGUGAGAUCAGAACUUGUGGAGCAAGUAUAACAAGUGGACCAACUGGAGUUUGGAGUCCAGCUGCACCAGUUUGUGAAACUGUUAACUGUGGAGCACUUGCUAACCCCUCCAAUGGAACAGUGGACACAUCUUCUGGAACCACCUUCAUGAUGACUGCUACCUACACCUGUAACCCUGGAUACACUCUGACUGGAGAUAUGACCAGAACUUGUCAAGCUGAUGGAAUGUGGAACUCUAGUGAACCUGCCUGUGAAUUCAUUGUCCUGUCCAUUGGAGGCACUGUCUACACUAACAACACAGCUCUGUCCGUCUCCCUCAUUGGAGAGGGCUCCUCUGCCCUCACCUGUCACACUGAGCUAUCCACCUGCUGCAGGGAACAAGACAACCCCAAUGGAGGGGCUCUCGGAGGGUGGAGAGGACCAGAUGGGGUCGGUGUACCUUCAGAGGCUAACUUUGGAGCGACAGCUGAGGGAUUCUACGUCACCAGAAACGUCAGCACUAUCAGCUUGAAUCAAAGAGGCAGUAUUACGUUGUCAGGAGGUGUUUGCUGCACUAUCCCCAGAGCUGGUGGUGCCAAUCAAAUAUUCUGUGUGAAUGUGCAAGCUCCUACUACUCCUCCACCAGUGGCUGGCACUGAUGUUGGGCCUAUAGUCGGUGGUGUCAUUGUUGCUGUGAUAGCCAUUGUGGGGAUAGUAGUGGGCAUCAUUGUGGCAGUCAUCUUUGUCAGGCGUAUGAGACAAAAUAGGCUCAAGUAUGCCCCUGUGCUGAAGGGAGGAACUCUGACCUCUGAUACUCCUGCUAAACCAGCUCCCUACACUCACUACACAAGGGACAGAAGAGAUGAUGAUGCAGUAGCUCUGAGUAGUGUGCUCACUCCUAAAGACACAGAGCCUAAUAUAGUAGAGUUUCCUAGUGAUACUCAUGUGACGGAGGGGGAGGAGGUGUAUCUGAGGGUGAAGGUGGGAGGUCACCCUCCACCCAGUCUCACCUGGUACCACGAUGGUAGGAAGGUGACUGCAGACUAUGCCACAGAACUGGACCAGGACGGUGGAUUAUCCUUCCCUAGUGUGGAGACUAAGCAUGCUGGUAACUACAAGCUUGCUGCUGUCAAUGACUCUGGAUCCAUUGAGAAGCAAGUACACCUCUCUGUUAGGGGUGAGAAUGAAGAGCCUCCCCCUGUCAAUAAGAACAUUGACUUGGGACCAUUACCAGUGGAGCAGCUUGGUGUGUUUGUGAGUGAUCUGCAUGCCAAUGGAAACCUCAAGUUCAAAGAUGCUUACAAGACAUUGGACAAUGGUGAGAAGGGACAUGAUGUGGUCGUGGCAAAGAUACCUGAGAACAAGCUGUGCAAUAGAUUCGGGAACAUUGCCGUGUAUGAUGACAAUCGUAUUGUGUUGCAACCCAUCCCUGGACAAGAGGACUGUCAGGGUGACUACAUCAAUGCCUGCUAUGUAGACGGCUACCAAGCACCCAAGAAGUUCAUUGCCUCACAAGGUCCUAUACCUCGCACUGUGGUGGACUUCUGGCGGCUCAUGUGGCAGGAGAGACCACCCAUAAUAGUCAUGCUCACCAACCUCAAGGAGGGGAACAAGGUCAAGUGUCAGCCAUACUGGCCCGAGUCUGGGAAGAAGCAGUUUGGACCAUUCACAGUGGCCAUUACAGAUCAGCAGAUCUUUGCUGACUACACCAUGAGGACUAUCAAAGUCACUAUUGAAGGAGACAGGAAAUUCCUCAAGACCACUCAGUUUCACUUCACAACGUGGCCUGAUCACGGUGUACCUGAGUAUGCCACGCCCAUUCUUGCAUUCCAUCGUAAGGUCAAGUCUCAACACAAGCCAUCCAGAGGUCCCCUCCUGGUUCACUGCAGUGCUGGUGUGGGACGCACAGGCACUUACAUUGCCAUUGAUAAUAUCCUCGAUCAGAUCGCAGCCGAGGGUAUGGUCGAUAUUUCUGGUACUAUUGUCAGAGUUCGUAACCAGAGGAUGAAAAUGGUCCAGACUCAAGAUCAAUAUGUGUUCAUCCACGAUGCUAUCCUGGAGUCAGUGACGUGUGGAGACACUCAGAUCAGUGCUGGAGAUCUGCGCAGACAGAUACAAAAGAUGUCAUCAGUGGCCCCGGGAAAAACCAUCUCAGAUUUCCAAUACCAGUUCCAAAUUCUGGAACAAGUAUCUCCAAAUCCUAAAGAGAUCAACAGCAGUACUGCCCUCGGCUCGAUGGACAAGAACAGAGGGAAGAAAUACUUACCAGCUGAUGUUAAUCGUGUGGUUCUGAAGGGAGAGCAACCUGACUACAUUCAUGCUGUGUUUGCUCAUGGCUACAAGCACCAGAAGGCAUACAUCAUUGCCCAGAAUCCACUGGACUCAACUGUGCGUAACUUCUGGAAGGUGAUCUAUUCUAGGAAGUGUGCGGCUGUUGUGAUGUUGACUCCACUCAGUGAGAAUGGGCAGGAGGCAUGCUCCCAGUACUGGCCAGAGAGUGGCAAUGUCACCUCCUUCGGUGAGUUCACCAUCGAUAACUUGGGGGAGGAAACCAACACUGGGUUCGUUAUGAGGCAACUGAGCGUCCUCAAUGAAAAGACCCAAAAGGCCCACCAAUUGACUCAGUUCCACAUCACUAACUGGAAGAGCAGUGGAAAGUGUGAGAACCUCAAGACUGUAACUGACAUCAAUGAGGAGGUUAUAAAGGUUCAAAGGAGGACUGGAAACAAGGCGAUUGUGGUCCACUGCAGUGACACUGCGACCCGCUCUGGUAUGUACUGCUCCAUAGCUAAUACCAUUGACCGUUGCAAGACAGAGGGAGUGGUGGAUGUGUUCCAGGUGGUCAAGGCUCUCAGGGUCCACAAGCCAGGGGCAGUACCCUCAGUCGACAACUACAAGAAUCUGUUUGAUGCUAUUCUCGUCUACUUGGACUCCUUCGAUACUUAUGCCAAUUUCUAAGAUAUGUGAUAACUUACAAUGAACUAGAACUGCUAGUAUUAUAUGGUGUACUCUGUAAUAAUAUAACUUUAUAGGAUGUGUUGUUUUUUACUUAAUAUGUAGUUGGUGCUGAAAUGUCUAUAAUUAUUUUUGUAUUUUUGUGAAAUUGACCAUAAAACUUUUAAUUAAACAUCAAA